AGGUCUAGGCGUGCGUGCGUCCGUCGUCAUAUUCGUGCGCGAUUCGAAGAACCGAAAGGAAGGUUACUGGACCUAAGAGCCGAGUUUCUUUAAAACUACAAAAUGUCGGAACGCGAAAAUAACAUUUACAAGGCUAAGCUGGCCGAGCAGGCCGAACGGUACGAUGAAAUGGUUGAGGCCAUGAAAAAGGUUGCCUCAAUGGACGUUGAGCUAACAGUGGAAGAAAGAAAUCUUUUAUCGGUGGCCUACAAAAAUGUCAUUGGUGCACGCCGUGCGUCCUGGCGGAUAAUUUCUUCGAUAGAGCAAAAAGAAGAGAAUAAGGGCGUCGAAGAAAAACUUGAAAUGAUUAAGAACUACCGCUCGCAGGUGGAGAAGGAAUUGCGCGAUAUAUGUUCCGAUAUUCUCGAGGUGCUUGACAAGCACCUUAUCCCGUGCGCAACGACUGGUGAGAGUAAGGUGUUUUAUUAUAAAAUGAAGGGUGAUUAUCAUCGCUAUUUGGCCGAAUUUGCCACUGGUGGAGAUCGUAAGGAUGCCGCCGAAAAUUCACUCGUUGCGUACAAGGCCGCCAGUGAUAUCGCUAUGACUGACCUUCCACCAACGCACCCAAUCCGAUUGGGAUUGGCUUUGAACUUCUCAGUAUUUUACUAUGAAAUUCUGAACUCUCCGGAUCGUGCCUGCCGCCUAGCGAAAGCCGCAUUCGACGAUGCUAUUGCCGAACUGGAUACUCUGAGCGAAGAAAGCUACAAAGAUUCAACGCUAAUCAUGCAGUUGCUUCGAGACAACCUCACCCUAUGGACAUCCGACAUGCAGGGUGAUGGCGAAGGUGAACAAAAGGAACAAAUCCAGGAUGUCGAAGACCAAGACGUGUCGUAAUUUGGGCGCGUCUCGUUUUAUGUCAAAACAAGCAAGUCCACUUCUACUCCAUCGUCAUCAACAACUACAUCAAUCGCAACUACCGCAAGCAGCACAGUAGCACCACCCUGCUCUGUUGUCGUCCUCGUCGCCGUCUUCUUCCGCGUGGGCAUCAUUAUUCGUUCCUUAGAGCAAUGGUAGCCACGGUCAUUAGUACGACGUCCUGUGUGCUGUGUGCCUGCAGUGUAUGCAGAAAUGAAACAAUGAAUCCAUCAUUAUCACCUCGCAUGAGCGCAACAGCGUGUGCAGCAAUUACCCAGUUUGCUUUAAUUACUGCACCUCUAUGGAAAACGUUAUUAAACUACGUUAUUCUAAGUAGUGCAUAAGUUUUACUGGUGUUACUAUUUCAUGCUUCACGAAGCUUUACUUUGUUCCCUGCGGCGCAGUAAGCAAAUUAUUUCGGAUUAGGAGACGAAGAAUACAAACAAAACGCAGUGUAACGCAGGGCACAAACCCACCCAGUUGUCGUUAACCACGUUAUUUUCAUGGCUAGUGAGGCGCACAGGAAGGAAAUUGUUGGCAUAUUCUUCAUUGGCUGCUGGUACUCACUGUAGUGAAAGUGGUUUGUUUGGUAUCUAUUUACUACUUUGCGCCGAUUAUUUGAGUUAGAUUGUAAUUUGAAAAUUACGUGCGCACGUGCUUGCAUAGCUCAAACAUAUUUACUCCAUACUGAUUUUGAAAUUAAGUACCGCUGGUAACCUGCCCUUUACAAACAAGCUAGCUUAAACAGGACGAAAGGGUGUAUAGGCACUUCUGGAAGCGAGGGAUCGAGGUUCAUUACAUAGCAGACAGUGACGACAGCAGGGCUAGUAAUAAAACUCCCGGCUUGCAACUUACGAAUAAUCAAGCGUAAACCAAACUGAGCGUUUGGUUACACUAAAGUAAAUGAAGGAUUAGCAUUGGGAUGGGAAACGGAAGAUGUGACGAAAAAUCAUCAAGCGAAUCCAUUGAAUGAAUGUGUAUUGUUUUUGUCAAUAUAUACUAAAAUAAAGAAUUAACUAUAAAUACCUAAUGUCGGAACGAACACGAUGCAUCAACAAACCGCGGCAGUAAUUGCAAACAUACAACAAUUGGAUGGAAUUGUGGCGAAUCGAGCUGUACUUUGAGUACUCAAGCUCGGUGCGGGAGAUCAAGUCAUGAGAUGGGUUUAUUAAUAAGUUAACACUGGCCGAAGCAAUGUGGAACAUGUGAUGUAUUCGCAGGAGUAGUAAUACAAAUCACGCAACUAGUUGAGUCUUGUACGUGCGAAUUGGGUGAUUGUACAUGUUCCAUCAGUGUUGCAGCAAUAGGUAACUAUCCUAUUGGCAGCAGAGCGGUCUGCAUUUACGGUUUACCGGUUUUUCUGACAUCUGUUUUGGACGCGGGCUUCUAAAUUCCAAUUUUAAAACAUCUCGUAACAUUAGUGAAAAACAUGAAAUGAUGAUAAUUGUGUUAUUUUUCUAACAUAUAACUCGAUAUUCUCGACGCUGACGGAUAAAUGUGUUCAGGAAAAAGUAGAUCAAACUUCCUUUGGCGUUACAAUGUGCUGGUGUUGCGAAAAAGAAUUGCAAGAAAAUUGAUAAAAUUUGCUGGAUGUUAUUAAAGUUGCCUAAUGUACAUAUACUUAAAUAUGUAUAUCCUUUGGCCAACUUAAAAGAUUGAUUUCCUAGAAAAUUGAUCCGUUUUCCAUGAUUGUCCUGGUGUGCUACUUUGACUCUCGGACUAGAUAUGACAAAAUAUCGUCGUAAGGCAUAUGUAGCAUACGGCAUAGUAAAAAAAGAAAUGAUUAAUUCAUCUCCUGUUUUUCCUAUAUUUUACACAUGAGGAACAAGUGGCAAUUGCCGAUUAUGAACAACAUCCCGUUAUCGCUUAUUCAUCGUAAAUAUGCAUUCUAUAGCAGCCUAGGGAAAUUAUCACCAAUUUCCACCAAUUAAACUCCGGUAAUAAGGAAAGCAUUGCAAUAAAAGUGUGCGUAUCAUCUCAAUUACAGUUAAAAAAGUAUUAUUGAUUAAAAAUUAAAAUCCGGUCGUGGAGUGCAUUAUGAAGAGUAUCGGCUAUGCAUCUUGCAAGCAGUAAAAUUUUAAAUUAUUCACAACGAAAUAGAAGAAAAAUACUUCUGGACAGUAAAUAGAGCAUGAGUUGUUAUUUCAUAUGGCAAACAAAAAGCAAGAGUACACAAGAACAGCUAAUUUCGGAGCAAUCGAUAGAAGAAGAAUAGAAAGGCUAAUUACUCUAAACAGAGAGCAAACAAUGAAACACAAAACCAACGCAGUUAAAUAUAAGAAAAGGAAGAAGAAAAUGAAAAUAAACAAUUCUAGUAGUAACUAGUGAAGAGCCUUUUGAUUUAGAUGCAUCCAAGGGAGGAAGGGAACCGCACAGUUUUGCACCUUACGAAGACCUGCAGGGAAGUGCAGCUGCCUGCAUCGGGGGCGUGCAUUAGAAGCUUUUGUCCCUUUGAAUGAGCUGGCUGGUGAGUGUGUGUGGUAUACCAGAGAUAACGUGGAACGGGUGCUUUACUCGACCGACACGUGGCUAAUAGGAUUUUGUCAGCUUUGGACCGUGUCCAUGUCUUAGAAGCGAGAGUACUGGAGUUUUAAAAAUAGCCAAAACAUUUAAAUCAUGUAAAGGGCCACAAUUUCGAGCUCUGGUAUUAUGUUUGAUCACUGAAACGUACUUUUUAUCAUCGCAAGAAAACCAAUAUGGGAACAAAAUUUAACGUUUUCCUACCAGUUUCUCCAAACACGAAUGAUUGAUUCCCAUUUGCAUCGUUUGCAAAUAAUGAAAAUUAUUAAAGGG